UUCUUCUUUGAUCUCUAUUCUGGGUGAUGAGCCUUCCAUUGGGAAUGCGCAGUCCUACCUGGAGGCGGCCAGCACAGUGUCCGGUAUCAUCACCGAUCUGGACGCCGUCAUCUUGUUCGCGAGUUCCGGUACGCUCCACUUACCCGUGCGCGAUGAUGUUGAGGCAGCCCUCUUGGAUGCUCGCGUUGAGCAUGCUCGUGGACGUUCUCGGCCUUUGGCGACUAAUCGGUUGCUCAAACGUGACACCGGGGCUGGCGGACUUUCGGUGAGGUCGCGUGAAGAGCUGAGCUCUGAGAAUGGGACAAUCGGUUACCUGGAAGAAGGCGAUCUUGAACUGGACGCCUCUGGACCGGAUAAACUACUUGUUGGCACACAUCGUUCUAGAGGUCCUGGCAGAACUCGUGAUAUUCAUUCAGACACGUGGUGUUUGUUUGAC